AUGGCUCUCAUUAAAAACCACACCACCAUUCCUAUCCCUCAAGUUUACGAUUUCGAAGCGUCAACAAACCACCAUUUCGGCUACCCUUACACGUUGAUGGAGCGCUUGCCUGGCAAUCACGUUUCAAAUGGCGUGGCGGAGUCGAUACCGGGAGAGCAUCAUGCCAAAAUAGCCAGACAGCUGGCGAAUGUGUUCUCGGAACUCCAGAAUCUCACAUUUACCCGCAUUGGACGCAUCAUGUGCGGGGAUAAAGCUGAUGGACCUGUUGAGGUGAUUCCCAUGGCUUGGCAUUGUUCGCCUGGGCCUCUUGAAACGUCAGACAAGCAGUUGUCAGUCUGCCCAGAGGUUGUUGCAUUUCCGGGCUUAUCAGAGGAACAGAAUCGACCCAUUGUCGAGCUAAAGAAUCUUGUUCUGGAAAUUCUGCGGGAGAUGGAGAAGACCCAGAGAAAACGGCGGCCUCUUGAUAGCCCUGGUUUGGAAAUGGAAGAGACAAAGCAGCUGACACUUCUUUCCACGUAUAUGGCUUCCAAAAGUGCAAUAAUUACCCAUCGCCAGUACAUGGCAACCCCACCUGGAAGUCUCUUUGCCUGUAAACGAACGGCGAAACUUCUGUACGGAGAAACUGUCACCUGGGAGCAGCUGCGGCAGAUAUACGGCAAUGCCGCUUGUCUAGAUGGCCAGUACAGCUGGCUGGAGGACUGGGAUUGA